UAGCAUUUUUGUAAUAGGCAUACAAACAAAUCAAAUAAACAUGUUUUGCUUCAACGAUUUAAGGAAUAUGGUCUUUGGAGUAAUUUGUCUUUUUAUUUUUUUUCCUAAACUAUCAUUUCUAACCUUUUCAUUGCCUAUCUCUAGUUUGCAGCUCCUCCUAACAAUCUGCAGCAAUUUCCAACCCAGCUGUUGUGGUUGCACAGCAUUGUGCCUUUGUUUAGAUUUCCAUGAGCUAUCAACUCUGACUAUAAAGGGGAUUACCUGGCUGGUGAUGUUGUUUUUCAGGUCUGCACUUUUUAAGAAAUAAUUGCUUCACUGUGGCUUUUAAAAAAAAUAAUCAUCAUCAUUAAAAACAAAACUCUGAAAUCAAACUUUGCAGUUGGAUGGAGUCCAGUCUUGCAAGGAGGUGCCUUUAAGGAUCAUAAAUUGUAAUUGUAGAAUCAUUAAGGUUGGAGAAGACCUCUAGGAUUAUCUAGUCCAACUAUUUGCCUGCCACCAACGUUAUCUACUAAACCAUGUCCUUAAGUACCUUUCCUCGAACACCUCCAGAAAUGAUGACUCCACUGCCUCCCUGGGCAGCCUGUUCCUAUGUCUCACUGCUCUUUCUGAGAUCUGUUUCCUAAGAUCCAGCCUGAACCUCCCCUGGUGCAACUUGAGCCCAAUCCUUCUUGUACCAGCACUGAUAUGUGAGAGAAGAGGCUGACCCCACCUCACCACUACCUUCUUUCAGGGAACUGUAGGGAGAGAAGGUCUUCCUUGAUUCUUCUCCAGACCAGAGGAGAAUCAACUGCAAGAGCAGUGGAUAUUUUUAAUCAGCUCAUGCUUCUAUUGAAAUACUUAAGUUUUUCCGUGUACUUCUUUUAGAAUACAACUGCAUGCUAUUAAACAGAUAUCCCCUUUUGUCUCUUUGCCUCUACCUCAUGGCAGCUGGUUAGAUAUUUCAUGUUCUUUCUCUUUUCCCCAAGGCAGUUUGUUUAGCUGAAGUUUGUGAGAAGUUGAUUGUUACAUGAAUGGAGUUAUUGAUGUGAAAAACAUUAACAAUAUUUAUCUUGGUGGAUUGUGGCAUGACUGAAGAGGAAAAACUGGUAAAACGUGCUCUCUAUAUACAGUAGGGACCGUAAGAAACUUAAUUUAUGUCGAAGAAUGCAAAUAUGUCUGUGUCUGAAUCUGUUACUGUGUGAUUCCUGUAUCACGCUGUGUUGAAUGCCUUCUAACAAUAUUAUUGAAAUACAUAUCCAAUAUUCAUAUUUGAGUGCUUUUCAUGUUGUGGGUGUUAGGUAGAAGCCAGCAUCUGCCUUGCUCUGCUCAGUACAAAAUAUAUAUUUACUAGAGCGUCUUCAGUUUUGGUUCUUGUUCUGCAAACAGUACACUUUAAUUAAGGCUUGUCACUUGAGAUCUAAUGAAUACAUUUACUGUAAUGUCUCCAUCUUCAGGAGGUGAAUUUGACUUAGGAAUACUCUGUUGUAGAGGGGCUGAUAAUGUGAGUUUGAAGUUUCUUUUUUUUCUUGGGAAAGGGCUGUUCUCUGGCUUGUGCUGCUCUCUCUGCGUAUAGGGCAGCAGAGUUCGUCUGAAGGAUCACACUAUGUUGCUUUAUGCAACAUGCAGGCAAAAACAGCAGAUAAGAAAAUCCUUAAAGGUGUGUCUAUAUGUUUAGCUCAGGACAUAUCUGCAUAGGAUGGUCUUUUUCCUUUUAUUCUGACUCAGUUUCAGAGGUGGCUUAUUGAUUAUACUGGAAAGAUUAAGAAACUCCUCUCCGUGAAUCCCUGAAUUAAGUCUGUCAGUCUCGGAAAGAACUUUAACCAAACAAACUGUGAACUGUCUAAAGCACAGUUUGUGUGCCUUUUUUGUUAACCCUUCCUAUAAAAGCAGGUUUUAGUCAAUCUUUCACCUGUGUGUAUGAAGGGGAAGGGGUGCCACACAGCUCUCCGAAGGGCACAGCCUGCAUCUCCACUAACACACUAACACUGCUGGUGUUAGAGCUCCUGAUUCUAAUGGCAAGUCAAAAUCCAAAGUAAUCUUACUGUCAUAUGAAUAUCAUUUAGUGCCUGCUUGCUGGAAAGCACUGGGAAGAACUUGGUUUUCUAAAAUAAGGUAUCAAAGCCUCAGACUUGAGUUGCGUUAUUUUAUACCAAGCAAUUUUUCAACUGGCUAAAUCAGUAUUGUAUCACAGUGCUAUUGUCUUGUGCAACAUAGCAGUGGAAAGACUUUGGAUCUUAUGUGUCUUUCCCAGACUCUCCUCCUUGCAAAUUUCCUAUCUUUGCUAGAAAAUAGUGGGGUUUGUAUGAAGGAUGGCCCAGCAGUGAGACGGGGCAAAGGGAAGGUUCUGGGGGAGGGGGAGGGAAACCCCCAUGCAUCACAAAACCACCUGAUAGGGAGGGGGACCAAGGUGCCUUCCUCAGAUCACAGGUAGCAUGUGCCUGUCACAGGGCUUGUCCCUCCCUCUGCCUCAGGUGGUGAUGCCCUACACAUGCACCAUGUCCUCCAGCACUGCAGCUGAAAGGCACUGGGAUAAGCAGUGCACAGGACCCUGGGUGGGUCAUCUAUGGGGUGGGGGGGGUGAUGGCAAGGGACAAACAUGUGCAGUGAUAGCUAUAAGCAUCCUUGACCUGCCUAAACUUUUCCUAAUCGAACCUAUCAUUGCCAGGGAAAGAUAUAGAUAAAUGCAAUAAUUAACAAAAGUCAGAGCUAUAGCACAGCUCUAAAAGGAAAUGCGUUUUAGAUAUUUUGUUGUUUAAUUAAUAGGGAUUUUGUUGUCAGGCUAAAACAGACUAAAAAUAAACAGCUGUAUAGUACUUCAUUAAGCUGCCUGCUUGGAGUGAUUUUCCCAUUGAUUAGUCUCAGGGCUAAUGCUGGUUCAUUCCUCAUUUCAUUGCUAAUUAACAUCAGCUCUGCUCCUGACCACUUGACCGCACUCUCUCUGUGAACAUGUGCUGGUUUGGCAAGUAAUAACAUGUCCCUCCUUAAAGGCAAAAUUAAGGCAGAAAAUAACCAUCAAGCAUAGAUCUUUGGCUGCUCCUACUGUAAGGAGAGCAAACUGAAAUCUAUUGGCCUGCAUGAAGGGUAAUAAACAUAGUUUACAGAGCACAGGAGUUUGAUUGAGGAACUAUGUAAAUACAGAUGAUGAGCUCAAGCUGCUGUAUGAGCUGACAGGCUCGGCUCAUCUCACGGCAGCUGAGUUGAUUCAGGCUCUUCUGGGAUGCCAACAGUGUGGAUUGCCUGACCCAGGGGCUUGCAGCCACCAGCCUUCAGGGAAAGGGCUGCUUUGAAUGGGCGAUGCUUGCUUCUCUGAGUGCCUGCAGUGCUCUUGCAGUCUGAAUAACUGCAUUGGCAGAGGGUGCAGUAGGAGCAAGAAGCAGAAUGCUGUAGUUAUAGCUCUGUCAGGCUGCUUCCAUGUAAGGGGAAUAUAGAUGAAAAUAGAGGAAUGAAAUACUCAAAUUGGCAUGGAUGCAGUCUGAGAAAAUCUCUAACAACUUUAAUGAAAUUAGCAGCCUCUAUUCUGGGUGAAAAGGUCACUUUUUCCAUAAAAUCCAAGUAAACUGGCAUUUUGGAAAACAUCUACUAAACUUGGCACAGAAUAAAUAACAUUAUCCCAAAGUCUUGGUUCAAUUCCAGAUCAUAGCAUUUUCUUUUAAUUGAAUUGGGUAUUGCAUUUCAUUUUCAGAAAGUCUUUUUUUUUAUUCCUACAUUUUGAAGCAUUCAUAUCUCAGAACUAAUCAGAAGCUCAGCCUGAUACAAAUCUAUCAAUCAGGAGCAGUCACUGGAGAGAGAGCUUGCCUGAGUGAUAAUCCUUUUCUACCUACUUUUGAGAAGAAUCCCAAUUCACUUGAUCAUCAAUUAUAUAUUUUAUAUAUUUCCACCAUUAAUUUAAUGGCUUUAGGGCUCAGCCUUGCAAAUGCUCCUGCAUGUGAGUAACUUUAUCACACAAGCAGUUUACCCACAUGAAUGAAGUUAACAAUGUGAGGUAUUUGUAGGAUAAAGCUUUAUGAUUUCUGUAUGUAUCCAUGAUCUUGCUUUUCUAAGUCCUCUUCUUUAGUAAAAACAAAACAACAAAAUCAUCUGCUAGUAAAUUAUUUAAGAGUAACUGUACUCUUUGUGAUAAGAAAGAUAGAGAAGCCAUAAAAAAACAGUUUGGACUGGGAAGACUCCCAGUUCAGUACAGCUUACUUGGUGGUGUUAUGUGACUUCCUUGGAUGGUCUUGGAAUUGGCCUCAAGGCAGUGACAGCACUAGACAAAAUGCUAUGUUAUUGUCAACUGACUGUAGAAAAGCCUAAAAUCAUGUUGUACCGCGGACUUGAUGAAGCUAGAGAGUGAAAAUGGAAUUUAACUGCUUGAUUCCCAGGACACAUCCAGCAUCUCACGUUUGUAAAAAGACAACCGUGGCACUUAACUUUUCUCACAUUACUUUCAUUUCUAGCCCUGGUCAGAAGAAAAAUGAAACAGCAAAUAUAUAUUUACAUUAAUAAAAUAAUCCAAAGAAAUAUUUUCUUGUUCCUUUUGAACUGUAAGGAGUUCUCCCUGGUUCAGUGUUUUGGUCCCUGUUUUGCAUUUGGUAGGUCAGUGCAUGUGCUGUGUUGUUUGUAUUCAGUUAUUUAUGCCUCAUCCUUCAGCAGAUGUAGAAGGAAGGAGCCAAGAGUUCUUAAAACACUUAUGGAAGUGACAUAUCUUCAAAUAAGAUAUGGGUGGUUGACUUGAGUGAUGGAGAGUCUGAACUAUUUCGAUGCAGAUGACCUUCCUGGUGUUGAUACCAUCUCUCCUUAAGUAGGACUCCUUGAGCAAUCAGAGUUGAAUGUUGCCAUGAGAGCCUCAGUCAUUGGACCUGUAAGUUGGCAUGUUGCAUUAAGCAAGCUUCAGUGACUUCUUGGUACGCUACAGGCUAGAAUUUGGUGAAGUAUGAUUAGUAGCUUUUUACAAACCUCUGGUUGGACACCCAAAGGAGAGGAAUAACACAGUUGCGUUAUUACAAGUCAGCAGCAUAAUAAACAUUAUUUCUUUUUCCUUAGGAAAGGAUUUUCUGUAGAGGUCCCAAAGAAAAAUAAGUUUCAUUAGUUGAGCAUCGAGCAGAGAGAUACAGCAACAGGAUUGAUUGUAAUAAGCCUCUCCUUUUUACCAAAAUCCAUUACUUUCUGAGCUAUUAAGUGAUGAAAGGGAUUAAGAGAAUAAAAAAAAAAAAAAUUAAGCGGGACUGUAUUCGUAAAUCUAAUAAAGUUGAUAACAGUGGAGCAUUUUGUGGAAUUUGCAUGUGAAUUUAUAACAUCCUAAUCCGUCGGCAGGCAGCACUGUGCUGCAGAGGGAAAGGGCUGCUCCAUGCAUACAGGAUAAAAUGCAAGAGCAGGAUUUCUGGCCAAGAAGCUUUUUCCUUUUUUUUCUCGUUCCCCCAUAUGGAUAUCCAUAUGUUUUAUCACAGAUUCCAUACUUUUGGUGCCAGGAUCCAUAUGUUUAACUUUUGCUCAAAUAAAAGACUAAAAUCAUUCUUCAUUAUCACUUUUUUCCUAGCUGGUGUUUUUGUAGACAUAACCAAAUGUGAAGCUAGGUGUUGGAAGCAUUAUGACAUAGGAUGCAGUUGGAUCUCAUGAGAGGUAUUUAAGACCAGUACCUGGGGAGUUCAAGGGCUGGAUUGUCUUCUGAGUAUAAUGCCCCUUGACAGUGCUUGAGCAAUGCAUGGGGUGCCAUCAUCUGAUUGCAAAGCCCUGGUGAGUUUUUUUCCUGUAAAAGAAGAGCUCCUUCAGGAGCAAGACUGAGUCUUGCCUUAGUUUUAUUUAUUUCUUGACCUGUGCUCUCUGAUUCUGCUUAGGUGUGUAUGAUGCAGGCAGAUGACGUGGCAGAGCUUCAUUUCACCUCUGCCUUUCCUGUUUGCCCAGUACCUGCAGUUGGUAGAACAGCAGCAGAAUUUAGAAUUGCUGAUGUGGAGAAUUUGGGCUUGAUUGUAAGGAUGGCACAUCACCAUCUCCUUGACAUGACCCAAUCUGCUUUGUGCCAAGCAGGUAUCGCUCACUGAGCAUUGUGCCUCAUAAGCUUUCAAUUUUCCCUUUUUUUCUCCCCCCCUUUUUUAUGGAAACAUUUAAUAGAAUACUUGUGAAGAUGUAAAACAUAGCUCAGUAUCUCUGGUUAGUCCUUGGUAUAGAUACCAUGUAACCAUCAAUAAUCUAUGUAUUGGUUCUCUGGUCAGAUCCUAUUUUAAUUUGGACUUCUGGUCUCUAACUCCUUUUCUGGAAUAGCACACAGCAGCAAUGUGACUGUAGUGUGUGCAUUUACCACAGUUUGGACUUUGCCUACUAUCAGGCUCUAUCUUUUGGUCUAAGGCUUUUAUAAUUUGUGGAAUGGUAAAGUAACUUUGAAUAGGAGAAAAUUAGGAUAGUUAUAAUUACAAGCAUUAUGGUAUGCCAUUUCUAAAUGAAGACAGAAAUGUGAAUAUCUUAUUCAGUUCCUGCCUCUUGCCCAUGGAAUGUAGCCUUCUAGUAGCUUUGGAAUUGUGCUUUAUACUUGGCAUUUCUGAUAAUAGAAACUUUUGUGAAAGGUUAAUAACACAGCUCUUAUGUACUGUGGUUAUUUUUCACAUGGAAGAAAGAAAAGGCAACUAUCUUCUCUGAAUAAACCAGGCAGUGGCAUCUUGACCAGAGAGGAGACAACACAUACCAGAGGAACUCUACAGAAAUGCCUACAUCUUGGAGUCAUCAAACUAAUUCUCAAGCUAACCCUACUUGCAUCAGAGACAAAAGCAAGACUUCCAAUGAUACCAUUCACAAUAGACAUAGCUCCUAAUAAAUGUACAGAAGCUGUAGUGACAUUUAGUUUUUACAUAUAAGUCUCAAAAGAAAGGUUAUCAUCCAUUUGAGGCAUUCCAGUGGAAAUAAUCCAUCAUUCUUAGCUGUGCCAUUCCUUCCCAGGGCUAUGGCUCUCACCAGGUCAGUGGCAGGCUGGCAGUGAGUUGCCAGUUGUGAGCUGCUUCAUAGGUCUUGAUGGAUAGUGUGGUGAGAUGCUGCUCAAAAUGGACAGCUCUAACAGUGUGCCCUGCAUGUGUUGACCUUCCACAAGCAGCUGUUGCUGGACACAAUGGUCAGAUGUUUCAGUUCAGUCUCCCCUGGCUGUCUCAUCCGUGUGUGUCUGAGCCUUUUCUGCUGGAGGUCUUGGUGUGAGGAGCUGAUAUUCCGACCCUCAAGUUGGCAAGAGAUUGGUGGUCUCCUACUUGUUAUGUUCCUAGCAGGAGGGUAGGGACCAAAUAUUAAAGACAGCAAAAGCUGAUUUUCUGAAUAAGUUAUAAAUGAUACCUUUCCUCCUUUCACAAAUGAUUACAGUGUGAAAAUGAGUUUUUUUUCUUUGGUUUUCACCCUCUGCCCUCACCCAGCCUUUGAAUGUGAGAUUGAGCUUAUUUUAAGAUUCCUUGGGACAGCAGCACUGCAUUCCUUCCACUCUUCUAUUCCUUACCGCAUUACCUCACCACAUCAGCACUUGUUCUCCCGCUGAUGGCAUCCAGUUUCCAUUCCAUUCACAGUGGCCAAGGAUCAUAUCUCUGAUCCACUUAGAAACACAAUGAUCUCUACCCCUGAGAAUGCAAAUGCUUUCUCAGUCAAAUCUAUUGAUCCACAGGGCUCUAUUUCUGGCUUUCCAUUCACUCAUUUGAUGUUUGGGAUGCUGGGUAUUCUUUCUAAGGAAAGAGUUAACUUGGUUACUAGGAAAUCUACAAAGAACGCUUCUGCAAAAUCCAAAGAUAGACAUGAUCUUUUGUACAUGCUUCUGUACGUAGAAAUACUGCACUGAACAGAGCAAAAUUAAAAACUCCCAGCUGGCAUCACACCAAGCUCUGUGACAAUGAUGGACUAAGUAUGCUAUUGCAUUCUUAUUCCAAGCUGAUUCGUUGAGGGAGCUGUUGUUAAGCUGAAAUAAGCAGGCACAGGUUGAUUUCUGCAAGGGAGAAGGAAAACAGUCUGCACACAGUCUCUAGACUGAGGGAGGGGUUUAUAAUCUGAAAAGAUCAGGCCAACAGGCAAUGUCACUGGACACACAGAAUGAAGUGGUUUGCAAAGCAUAUGGGAUCAGUGAAAAUGAGUUAGUGAAAGACUAAAACUUUCUUAUGAUGUUUGCUGACCAAACAAUCUAAAUCUAAUCUAAAAAGAUGAUGUAACUUGCUUCAUAACACUUGACUGGCUGUGGUCUCACUGAGCUACCCAGGUAAGUAGCACCUCGGCUGUGCUGUCCUAGGUUCUGAGGAGGGUCAUCACAGUUCUUUUAGAUGUCAAGAAAAGCAGGUCUGUAGGGCUGAAUAUACCAGCCUCUCCAAGUGGGUAUAUUGAGACAAACUCCUCCAGGAGAGCAGCCUAACCCACUUCACGUGGUCCUUAGGUCCUUCAUGUGUCAUCACUGAUAGCACACACUGUAGAGCAAGUGCACUUAUGCGCCUAACUUUGACAUUGUUGGUGUUCAGAGACAUUCACCAUCGCUCCAUAAUGAGAUUUUGUUUCUUAAAAUAUGGGAUUUUAAGAGUCUUUGGAUAUUGUUUAACAUUGACCUUGAACUCAUGUUUCAAAAAAUCCAGUCACAGCAAUGUUGAGGGAGCUAUGCCUGAGUUGAUUUAAUUAUCCAGGCCUUAGGCAAUUUUGAAAAUAUUGCCUGUAAUUCAUGUCUUCUGGGUUCCAGCCGUGUGCCCUGUUUUCUAUACUUGCACAUGACAAAUGAAACCAUUGUUUCCCAUGUGUUCCUUAUACAGAUGUUUGAUAACUACUUGGUAUGGGAGAAGAUGUUUUUAUCAGUCAGCACUAAGGCUGCCAGGGGGCAGAGUAGCUAACCCACUUUGGUCUUAAUUGUGUCGCCUACUUUGUCACAGAAGGUAUUGCCCGUGCCUUCACUCUGGUGGCUGAUGCAGUGUAGACAGAUGGGAGGGAAUGGGAAAGGUCCCAUGUGAGAUAAUUUGGGGGUGAUUAUACACAGUAAUAAUAUUUCUUAGUAUGAGCAAUGCUCCAAAAGUCUAGUGCUUUCCAUUUUACAAUGUUGGCCCAUGACAUCAGAGGCAAAUGGUGAUAUGGCAGUAGAUGUUGAACUUUCUCACCAGUAUUCCAUCACACGUUGUUGCUGUGAGAUAGAUGGCAGCAGAGGGGCAUUCUGACAAAAUGGUGGCUGAUGUGGAAGUGUGUAUGAAGAAAAGGGGUGUCAUUGAAUUUCUCCAUGUUGGAAAAAAAUGCUGACACUCAUCAACAUUUGCUGAACAUUUAUGGUGACCAAAUGGCUGAUGUGAGCUCAGUGAGGUGGUGGGUGGUGUGUUUCAGCAGUUGUGAUAGUGAUAUGAAAGAUAAGCUGUGUCCCUGAUGGCCAUGCACAGCUGUCACACCACAAAAACAGUUUCAUAGCUGAGAAUUUGCUCUAUCAAAUAGUGUUGUUUAGCUUUGCAUCUGUUGUAGUUUCCAUGGAAAUAAGUAGGAGGCACUACUUUUGGAGUGAUCUAUGUAUAUCUAUGAGUGAUACUGUUAUGUGAGAAAGUUUGACUACUUAAGGGCCACUAAAUUUUUUUUAAUAUAGGAAUUUACUCUGGAGCUUAACAGAUGUUGGCUCCUGAUGCAUGGUAUUAGUUUGCAGUCUGUGAUCUAAUGGAGAGAGUGAAGUACGGUAGUAAGUGACAAGUUUUUUUUUUUUUCCUUCCACUUCUUUUGUGAUCUUUGCCGUCAAAAGCAGGUAACAAGAAAUACAUGGUGCACUUUGUAUCUUUCCUAUGUAGACAAAAUAUUUAUAUGUUCAGCAUGUUUGUCAGCACUUUCAAAUUUGAAUUAAGGGAGAGGCAAAAGAUUUGUCCUUCCUGAUUAAAAACAAAAACAAAAAAACAGAACAGUGUGUGAACAAAACAAACACUAUGGGAUUAACAUGCAGGGUUUCAGGAUAUCUCUGUUGCCUGUACAGUUAUAAUUUAGUAUUCUAAAACACCAGAUAUGUAAUAGUGCGUGGAUGAUCCACCUAUAUAGACAGAAAAUGAGCUUGUGCAAAAAUGUCCAUGCAGUUGAAAGCCUCCCUUCUUUCUGGUAGGUUUGAACCACUGAUAAUCUCUGACUCCUGCAGAAGACCCUAUGGAAAAGGCUAGGGUUGCCUGCCCAAAAUUAUGCGGAUAGUCAUUGAUAAAUCCAAUCCUCCCGACAAAGUCCUGUAUCUUAGCUACCCUCUUCACCAAGUGACAUAGAGUGAAAAUUGUUGGCAUAAAAUAAGGAAGACUAAUUACUUUGAAGAUUUUAUUACUUUUGUUUUUCACUCUUUGCUCCUAAUACGUCAUUCACUAAUGCUUUUCCACGUGAAAGUGAGCUGAACUCUUUUUGUCUACCUCCCUUAUCUGUAUGUGCAAGCAGCACCAGUAGGUCUUGCUAGAAGAAAGUGUCUUCUCCAGUCCGUUAUCUCAUGUUUGUGUGGUUUGGGGCAGUGACUUAAUGUGACUUUUUUUCUCAAGCCUCCCUCGCCCCAGCCCUCUCUCACCUAGUUCCAAAUAAAGAACUUCAGAAGACAAGUGGGCUACUGUUGUGAGGCGUGUAGCUACUGUUAUAUUAUGGGGUUUUGUUUUGUGGUUGUUUUCUGGUUGUUUUUUGUUGUUGUUGUUGUUGUUUGCCAGCUACUUGACAUUGUUUUACAGCUGGACUGUGCGGCUAUUUCCAAAAAGCUCAGCUAAUUCUGUUGUCCUUUUUUAUCAAGGAAAUUCUUGAGAAGCCACAAUAAAGCAGCUGUAACCCUGGUGAUGCUUACAACUGCAGCCAAAAAUAGAAAUUGGUGCUUCGUGCAUUUUCUUAAUGAGGGUAUGGGGUUUUUUUCAGUGUGGUCCUUGACACCUAGCCAAGAUAGGGCUCGGCUCUAAAUGUUUUGUGCAAGUUUUAUAAAUAGCCCUAGAUAGAUAUGCACUGCUUUUCCCAGCGGUGUGCCCUCUCCUGGCUUGGCUUUCCAGGGCUGCUCAGGGCAACCGUGCUCUUGGGAAAGGAUGGAGCAUUUGCAAUGAGCCUCUAGGACUCCAGAAUCCAAGAGUGCCAAAAGCUUUGUAGGAGAUGCAAGUUGCCUUGGGUUCUUCUUGGCUUCUCAAAGGAGACUCAGCAUCUUGCAGGAUUAGACCCAUAAGCUUUUGAUAUUAAUAACUGCCCUCGUGUUCAUUUUGCUUACAGACAGAAUUUAUUUGGCUUUCAACCAUCGGUGGAAGUGGCCCUAUAACUGGAUUUUUGUGCUUUUCCUGUACAAACAGAAAACCUUAGUUUAUUUGCCAACUCAAAUAAGAGCUUACGGAUGUAGGUUUUUCUGGUUUUUUUUCUUUCUUUUUUUUUUUUUUCCUUGUGGCACAGAACAUGGCCAGUAAUGGAUAUGAAACAGCUCUGUUCUGGGAUUUCAGUGUUCCCACAGGCAGAAGAGAGAGAGAGAUGAGGGAAGAUGAGUUAAAACUUUAGGAAAGUUCAGUCAACAAACUAAGAAGUGCAGACAUACUGAUUUAUAAAGAUACUAUAACUUUUAAACGUGUACUUUCAAUCUGAAGGACUGCAGUAGGGAUUUAAAAUAUGACUACUUAAUUUUUUAAAAUUACAUAAAUUAAGUGAACAGCCCAUUAAUGGGAUGCCAUCAGGAUCACAUGGCCAAUUCAGUUCAAGUUAUAUUAUCUUGCUGGCCGGAUUUGAAUAAGAAUUAAGAAAUUACUAUUCAAAGUAGUAUGGGACAUUGAUCCUCAUUCACAAUGAAAUUCGUCACCAUAACUACCUGGAAUUCCUAUGCUUUUGCCAAGGUGUUCCACUGAAUCUUCUUUAUGGAGCAACUAGAAGGGGACUGUAUUAGUCAGAGGAAAAAGCUGCUAAUUAGUUGUUCUGCCUACAUGUUAAAUGAAGUCUUGUCCUGCAGAGAGCUUGCAGAUAAGCAUCGAGACAUGUCUAAUGAAUGGUAACCCAGAUCCAAUAGACAGCAAACUUCCUCCCGUUGGUCCAUCACUUGACUAAAGGUUCACUUCAGAAGCUACUUAUCUGACCUCAUAAGAGAGGAGUAUUCCUUUAUUUAGCAGUUGGAACUUCAUAUUUGAUCUUGGCAGAUCAGAGCACGUGCAUUAGGGUUAACCAAACUGAGUGAUGUGUUGUAAAAAUACAUUGUUCUCUGUGAUAUAUCUUCUAGAGUCUCUACUGAACCAAGUAACUAAAUCUACUAAUUAGGUACAACUGUUUAAUUAUUUUCUACCAUUUUGGAAACAUCUGAAAACCUAAAAAUAUCACCUUAGUUUAGUGCUUCAUUAUUAAGAAAGAGUAAAACAACAAACUGCUGAGAAUUGGUAGGCAACUCAAGUUACUGUUUAAAGAAACAAAGUCAACAUUAUUAAUCUUAGCUAUGUUCAGUUUAUUUUAUAAAUAUAAAUUUUACCAAGCAACAGCAUUUUUACUUGACUAUUACUGCACUGUGUUUCAAGUCUAAUUUCCAUGAUAAUUAAAAUGUGAAUAUUGGAAUCUUAUUCUGCUUUUCCACUAUUUUUUUACACUGACAUAAAUGUGAGAAUACUGGGCUCAGCAUUUCAGCAUGUUGAGUUCAAAACCUUUGAAAACAUUUUACUGACAGAGAACACUUAGGAUGGCAGAUGCUGAGUAUUUACAUUGUUAAGCGUUUACAAAAUAUAGUAGUCAUAUGUAAAUGUUAAAAUAAAUCCUACUAGAUAAGUUAUACAUACACAAAACAACUAAAAUUUAGCAUUCUGGAUCUCGCAGUACAAUGAAAGAAUGGCAUUAGGUGGUCACAGGUGUUUGCAUUGCUCACCUUUACAUUGAUGUUUUGUAGACUGAUAUAUAUGUUUGAUGCAACAUGGAUAUUUUCCUGUGAAAAUACUAGAAAAAGUUUGUUAUUUUCUAUGGAAUCUUUUUCCACAUUUCCCCUACCUGGGCUUCCUCCCCUAAGGUCACAAAUUGCUCUCGUAGGAAUUUCCCUGUACUUGCUUAUACUCUUACAGCAUGUAAGUACUUAUUAGGGUAUUAGGGAGUAAUCUCAAUGUGUCUUUGCCAAUAAUUUAACCGUUCACCCAAGAAAUUUAAAAAAAAAUCAUAGAAUCAUAGCAUUUUUUUGAUUAGAAGGAACCUUAAAGGCCAUCUUGUUCCAACCACCCAGCUGUGGGUAGGGCUGCCUCCCACCUGGUGAGGCUGCCCAGGUCCCAUCCAACCUGGCCUCAAGCUUCUCCAGGGAUGGGGCACCACAUCUUCUCUGGGCAACUGUGCUGGUGCCUCCAGUAUAUUUCUUCUUAAUGCCUAAUCUAAAUCCACUCUCUGUUAGUUUAAAAUCAUUACCCAUGGUCCUAUCACUACAUGAGCUUGUUUUAAAUAAAUAAAUUAAUAAUAAAAAAAUGUCCCCUCCCCAUCUUUCUUGUAGAUCCCUUUUAGGUACUGGAAGGCUGCUAUAAGGUCACCCUGAAGUCUUCUCCAGGUUGCAUAACCCCAACUCUGUAGGAGGGGUGCUCCAGCCCUCUGAUCAUCCUCCUGGCUCUCUUCCAGACACACUGUAACAGCGCCAUGUCUUUCUUGUGCUGGGGGCCCAGGUCUGGGUGCAGGUGUGUAGUUGAGCCCUCAUUAGAGUUCAGUAGAGGGGGAAAAUCACCUCCCUUGCCCUCCUAAUCAUGUUUCUUUUGAUGCAGCCCAGGGUACGGUUGGCCUGGGCAGCAAGCGAACACUGCUGGCUCAUGUUGAGCUUCUCACGUGCCCGCCUCCUCAAGUUCUUCUCCUCAGUGGUGCUCUCAAUCCAUUCAUCUCCUAGUGUGUAUUUGUACUUGAUUAUGUAAUGGAGUUGAGCGCUCUACCACCCAUGAUAGUUACCUAUGUUCUUAGGGAAUAAAAUGAAGUUUUUACCUUUUUGCAAGUCUCUUCACUACCUGCAUCUUACCAGAGAUGAAAAUGGGAAAAUAUGUUCUCAUAGCUUUUAUAACCAUGGCUAGAAUGGAAGAGCCUAAAACUUCUGAGGAAAGACUGUAUUAUUAAGAUUUGCUUUCAAAUUUUCAGUCCCAGCUGGUCCAGAGAUAUUUUCAGAGAAGCACCUAGUGAUGAUCCUAACUUUAAACCUUCUGCUUUGGCUGCUGUUCUGAAAUUGUUCUUGAAUAAUGUUUCUUGAAUUACAGUACUAAUUUUAACUACAGAUGCUUCAUUUCAGAAGGUUACUACUUACCAGGUUCUGGUUUUGACAUUCAAACACCAAGUCUGUGAAAAGCCAUGGAUAAGGAUGCCAACAGGGCUCCUCUCUAUAUUCAGAUGAUAACGAGAGGAGAUUUAUGCCUUGAAAACUCAGUUUUCUGGUGGAAUGUGAACUACAGCAAAAGAUUGGUUAUUAAAAACAUGCACUUGUAUAACAAGUGCUUGAAUUUUACUUCAUUACUUGUUGCAGAAUUAUUAGGUGCCACACUGGCUGUGUGUUAGUAUCUGUUUUGUGGUGGUGCAUGGAGCUGGAAAUCCAUAACAAAAGUCUUGAAGGAAGCAAACCAACAAGAAUGGUACGGAAUCUGACCAUGAACAUGCAGUAUACAAGGUUUUUUGGGGGGUGGGAGGAGGGGGAGGGAUUUACAUGAAUGUUAACUGAAAGAAAAAGAAAAUGUAAAUUUCAUCGAGCUGGUCUUCUGGCAGCAGUCUGAUAUAUACUUUUUAAGGAUGUGGAAGUGUUACUGUUUGUAGUGUGGUAGCAACUAGAGACUUCUGUCCCUUUGUUCUAAGCAAAAUGCAAGCAUAUAUCAAAAUGACAGUUCUUACUGUACAGUGACUCAGCUGAGACUUGUUUUAAAGCCUUUUCUGAAAUUCCUAUAGUUUGCUGCUCUGUUGUUUCUCCUUUAAAGAUUUUAGUUUUCUGUGGGUUUUGAACAUGCUCAUUCUUUCCUAAAGAGUUCUGUUCAUCCAGUCAAGAGAGAGAGCCUGUCCAAUAGCAUUUGAAAUAGUUUUGUUGCAGCAUCAAUACAAUUUAUUUAAGUCUAUUAAGAAUAAAGCCUACUAAAACUAAUUAAAAAAUACCAAAGACCAGGGCAUACUACUUCAGGCAGGUAUGUGUCUAUGGAGGGUUUAUGCAAACUAACCACUUAGAAACUGGCUGACAAGCCUUCUGCUUAGGUGUCUGACAGUUUGGGGUUUUUUUGUUUGUUUGUUUUUUGUAAGUUUUCUCCUUACCUGCCUAUCAUUUUUAAUUUUGCCUGUCUAAUGGAAAUAUUAAAUGAGCCUGUAUGACACCAGGGUGGGAAAUGUAUGUAAUCCCAAAUCCUGAAGCCUGCUGCAGUGUGUGGAGCAGGGGAAAUAUCCAGUCUCCAGUGCCAGGAAAUGUGAAGGGAAUUUUCCUGUGUCAAACAAAUGAGUACUACUGAAGCAAGAUGUUUCUUACUUAUUUUGAUUUAUAUGAAUGUUCAAAGGAAAAAAAUUAAAUGCUUUUGUAUGCAGAGCCCCAUGUUCAUACAACAGCAGUGACCUGAUCAAAGUUUCUAUUAUGACACUCCCCUUUGAAAAUGCAUUGUAAAUUCCCCCUGCUUUGUUUACUGCCAAGCUCUGUUGGACCACACAACUCUGGAGAAGAAAAAAAAAAAAAAAAAAACAAUUUCAUUGAAGUCUUGCUUUGCACUUACAUCUCUUCUGUUGCUCUGAGUUUUAGCACUGGGGAUGCUGAACUCUGCUCAGGAAAGCAGACAAGGCUAUAUCUGUCUUCAGUUCUGCUUAGCACAUGCUAAGGUAUUGCCUAAAUUCCCAACCCCUUCUUGAAGCAGCAUUGGUGUAGAGAGAAGCUGGGACUUGAAGGGGCUUGAAACUGCCUCCCCAUCCACUCUGAGUGAUUACUGCUGGGCCUCGUGUUGCUGAUCAGAGCAGAACAUUGCAGGGCUUCCAGCAUAUCACUGCUGCUGCCAGCACUGAUAGGGAUGAGAGCUGCCCAUGGUGCAAGGCAGCAUGCCUUCCCUUGCUGUGUCCACAGUAACGAGUGGUGUAGUGGCAGCUGUCCUUUCUAGCAGCUUUAUGUUAUACUUUUUCCCCUCUCGUAGUGUAAGCUGACUAGAUUUGUGGUUUAUAAAACUGGGACAGCCUAGCAGGGGACAGGGUUGUCCAUGAAGCGCCUUCACAGGAUAAUAAUAUCAGUAAUAGUACAACUGCCACGACAAUUGCAGAGAGAGGUGAAUUGCAGUGUGUGUGUACGUACAUGGUAAACAGUUCUCUUAAAGAGAGAGGGGGGAAAAAGCUCCCAGGCUCAGCACUGGGUUUUGCUGGAGCUGUGGCCAGCCACUUGCUGAACUCCUGCCCGUGUGCUCCUGUAAACUCUUCACCUUGGUGUUAUUUGGAGAGAAGGAGGACUACAAGAAUUGCUUUAAAUAAAUAAACAGAGCUUACAAGGAUUCUUUCAAGCUCUCCCUGCAUAGGCUUUCAGCUAGAAGUAAAAUAUUGUGGAUAACAAAAAGCAACCACUCUUGCCUGAGCAGUGUUUUUCUUCUCGUGCCGCGUCACUCCCUUUGUACCAGGCACCCAAGUGAGUCUCCUCCAAUUUCCUCACUCUCAUCUGGUCCAACAGAGCUGGAGUUUGUUGACUCUGGGGCGCGCUGCGGGGCCGGCUGUUUUCUCUGGCUUUUCCUGACAUCGUGUUAGUGGGGUGCAGCGGGAUAAGGUGAAGUGGUGGCACUGCAGGAUUCUGGAGCUCUGUUAGCAUAGCUGGGGGAAGCACGGCUUCUCUGCAGAAUGUCAAGCAAAGAUCGACACAUUGAUUCUAGCUGUUCGUCGUACAUCAAGACGGAGCCGUCGAGUCCUGCCUCUCUGACGGACAGCAUCAACCACCACAGCCCCGGUGGCUCCUCAGACGCCAGCGGGAGCUACAGUUCCACCAUGAAUGGGCAUCAGAAUGGGCUGGACUCACCUCCCCUCUACCCUUCAGCCACGGGGCUUGGGGGCAACGGGCCUGUCAGGAAACGGUACGAUGACUGCUCCAGUACCAUUGCUGAAGAUUCACAGACCAAAUGUGAAUAUAUGCUGAACUCGAUGCCCAAAAGACUGUGUUUGGUGUGUGGUGACAUUGCAUCAGGGUACCACUACGGAGUGGCUUCCUGCGAGGCCUGCAAGGCUUUCUUCAAGAGGACAAUUCAAGGUAACAUAGAAUACAGCUGCCCAGCAACAAACGAAUGUGAAAUCACAAAGCGCAGACGCAAGUCCUGCCAAGCCUGCCGCUUCAUGAAGUGUCUAAAAGUUGGCAUGCUGAAAGAAGGUGUCCGCCUAGAUAGAGUACGUGGAGGUCGCCAGAAGUACAAGCGCAGAAUAGAUGCAGAGAAUAGCCCGUACCUGAACCCUCAGCUAGUUCAGCCAGCAAAAAAGCCAUAUAACAAGAUUGUCUCCCAUUUGCUGGUGGCUGAACCAGAGAAGAUCUAUGCGAUGCCUGACCCCACUGUUCCAGACAGUGACAUCAAAGCACUUACCACUCUUUGUGACCUGGCAGACAGAGAACUGGUGGUGAUCAUUGGAUGGGCUAAGCAUAUUCCAGGAUUCUCUACUUUGUCUCUAGCUGACCAGAUGAGCCUUCUGCAGAGUGCUUGGAUGGAGAUUUUGAUUCUUGGUGUUGUAUACCGGUCACUUUCUUUUGAGGAUGAGCUUGUUUAUGCUGAAGACUAUAUUAUGGAUGAAGACCAGUCCAAAUUGGCAGGCCUUCUUGACCUUAACAAUGCCAUACUGCAGCUGGUAAAGAAAUACAAGAGCAUGAAGCUGGAGAAAGAAGAGUUUGUCACCCUCAAAGCUAUAGCACUUGCUAAUUCAGACUCAAUGCACAUAGAGGACGUUGAGGCAGUGCAGAAACUUCAGGACGUCUUGCACGAGGCUCUGCAGGAUUACGAGGCCGGCCAGCACAUGGAAGACCCGCGUCGUGCCGGCAAGAUGCUGAUGACUCUCCCACUUCUGAGGCAAACCUCCACCAAGGCUGUGCAGCAUUUCUACAACAUCAAACUGGAAGGCAAAGUCCCCAUGCACAAACUUUUUUUGGAAAUGCUGGAGGCCAAGGUCUGACUAAAGCAUCAUGGGCUUUCCCAUCAUGCACGUUUUAAAAGAAAAAAAAUAAAAAAAGGGAAAAUAAACAGGAUAAUAAUGGCAAAGAAACUUAGUGUUUAAUUAAGGAAAAAAAAAAUGACUGCACUGAUAUUUAGCAGCAAGACUGUGAAGCAGCUUUCAACUUUUUCUUCUGUGUCUUUCUGAUGCAGUUUUUCCUUUCCUUUUCCUUUUCUCUCUUUUCCUUUCUGUUCUUUCCUUUCCUUUUUCCUUUUCUCUUUUUCCUUUGCUGCUGAACUUUUUAAAAGAGGUCUCUAAUUGAAGAGAGAUGGAAGCCAGGCCUGCCAAAGGAUGGAAAUCCAUAAUAUGGAUGCCAGUGAACUUAUUAUGAACCAUAAUGUCCCCAAUGACAAAGGAAUCAAAGAGAGAACCACCGUACCUAGCAGUACAGUACAACACGAUGAACUGACUGAAUGCAGUAUUAGAUUUCAUAGGAGCAGUCUCUAAUUAGACGACUAAGCGACGAUGCAUCGGCUGCUUCUUAUCAUUGCAUUUUCCAUCUAGAUCAGUUACAGCCAUUUGAUUCCUUAAUUGUUUUUUCAAGUCUUCCAGAUAUUUCUUAGGUUAGCUACAAUGUAACUUUUUCAGGGAAUAGUUUAAGCUUUAUUCAUUCAUGCAAUACUAAAGAGAAAGAAAUACUGCAUUUUUGUGCUGGCUUGAACAAUGAUGAACAAUAAUGAAGGACAAAUGAAUCCUGAAGGAAGAUUUUUUUAAAUGUUUUGUUUCUUCUUACUAACGGAGAUUUUUUUGUACCAGCUUUACCAGUUUUCAGCCAUUUAUUAAUGUGGGAAUUUAUCUUACUAAAGCAAUAGUUGAAGGGAAGGUGCAUAUUAUCACGGAUGCAAUUUAUGUUGUGUGCCAGUCUGGUCCAAAACAUCCAGUUUCUUAACAUGAGCUCCAGUUUAUAACUAAAUGUUCACUGACUCAAAGGAUUAGAUUACACCUACGGUAUAUCUGAGUAGUCUAGCAUAUAAAUACGCCAUGUCAAAUACCAAUCUAUAAAGGUGUUAGGAGACAGCGACUGUACAGAGGUAUAGUUGCUACGUGAUUUCUAACUGCUUCAGUUGUCGAUGAAUGAGAUACUGCCUGUUUGCAAAAUUAUAACCUUACACACGGAGAAACCCUCAGUAGCUUAGAGGCAAUAAGGCAAACGCCAACGUCUGCAAAAUUAAGAAAUCAGAGUAGUAGACUUCUGACCAAAUUCAACGAUUUAACACUUCUAUACCUUAUUUAUUAAUUUAGAUUUUAUUUUGUAAAUGGCAAUUGUUAACAAGUAGCUAAACCAGUAUACGUGCUUUUCAACCAGUAUUGUCACAGCAUGGAAGUCAGUCAGUUUCAAGACUGUUAAGAGGUGUAAUCUAAUGUAUAAACCGAUUAGAUGCCCCCAGAAAACUACAGUCGCUAAAUAACCAAUAAACAGUAACCUCCAUCAAACGCUAUACCAAUGUACCAGUGUUAGUAGCUGCUCCCUGUACUAUGUGAACAUCCUUAUUCUAUGUACACAGAUGUAAUUAAAAUUGUAAUCCUAACAAACAAAAGAAAUGUAGUUCAGCUUUUCAAUGUUUCAUGUUUGCUGUGCUUUUCUGAAUUUUUAUGUUGCAUUCAAAGACUGUUGUCUUGUUCUUCUUGUGGUGUUUGGAUUCUUGUGGUGUGUGCUUAUAGACACAGGGUAGAAUUAGAGACAAUAUUGGAUGUACAAUUCCUCAGGAGAUUACAGUAGUAUAUUCUAUUCCUUACCGGUAAUAAGGUUCUUCCUAGUAAUAAUUAAGAGAUCGAAACUCCAAACAGAUACUCGUUAUGAACAGAUACACAUCGAAAUCAUAAUAUUUUCAAAACAAGGGAUAAUUUCUGUAACAGUUUAUUAUAGAAUACCAAUGUAUAGCUUAGAAAUAAAACUUUGAAUAUUUCAAGAUUAUAGAUAAGUCUAAUUUUUAAACGCUGUAAAUAUAGCUUUUAUCCAAUCAUCUCUCAGAUGUUGUUAUUAACUCGCUCUGUGUUGUUGCAAAACUUUUUUGGUGCGGACAAGUUUCCAAAACUAUUGCUACGUUGUGUGCUUUAAACAAAAUAACAAUGGGCCGAUGCGACAUCGGCCUCGUGCUAGAAAAGACUGUGUAUCUAUCAUUAGCUAUAUGGGACUAUAUUGUAGGUUGUGUUUUCUCAGUAGAGAAGUGACUGUAGUGUGAUUCUAGGUAAAUCAUCAUUAGCAAUUCAUUCAGAUGGUCAAUAACUUGAAAUUUAUAGCUGUGAUAGGAGUUCAGAAAUUGGCACAUCCCUUUUUAAAAAAAAAAAGUCAGAAAAAAUACAACUCCUGGGAAAAAGGUGCUGAUUCUAUAAGAUUAUUUAUAUAUGUAAGAGUGCAAAAGAAAAAAAAAAAGUUUAUUUUCCAGAAAGUUUGUGCAGGGUUUAAGUUGCUACUGUUCAAGUACACUAUAUAUAUAUAAAUAUAUAAUAUAAAUAUUGUUUUUGCUGUAUCACAUUAAAGAACUUGGGCUUCAGGGUCAAAAGCCAGUCGACUAGAAAUAUACAAAACCACACACGCACAGAAAUGGAGAUGUGUUAAAGGCACACGGUGCAAAUUUUAGUUUUCAUUUUCGGUAAUUUUUUGGAGCUGCAAAAGAACAAGUAUCUCAAGACUGUAAAAGCAUUGCCUGAACUAGAGCUAAAAGAACCGCACGGGCUUUACCAUAUUGUUCAUCUUAAACCUUGCUGGAGAAGAGUUCUUACAAGACCACUUACUUAAUGUGAAGUGUUGGGAAAUUUCCGAAGGGUGUAUGUUUUAGCCAUAACGAUUUAAUUUCUAUUUUUGCUUCAUUUUUUUUAAUUUUUUUUCUUAUUUAAAGCAAUAUGAUUGUGUGACUCCCAGAAGUUACACAUUUGUUUCAAUCAGAUCAGAUUGUUGUAUUUAUUCCACUAUUUUGCAUUUAAAUGAUAACAUAAAAAGAUAUAAAAAAUUAAAACUGCUAUUUUUCUUAUAGAAGAGAAAAUGGGUGUUGGUGAUUGUAUUUUAAUUAUUUAAGCGUCUCUGUUUACCUGCCUAGGAAAACAUUUUAUGGCAGUCUUAUCGUGCAAAGAUCGCAAAAGGACAAAAAAAAAUUAAACUGCUUAUAAUAAUCCAGGAGUUGCAUAAUAGCCAGUAGUUAAAAAGCGAAACAGAACAAAAAAUAAAAACAAACAUGUCUAUAGCUGUAGAUGGGCUUCACAUCUGUAUAGCAAUCAACUGUAUAUUUUUGUGAUGUGUAUCAUACCGUGUGCUCCAACCAAUGUCCAUUUGUGUAAAUGUAUUUAUUUUAUAUUGUAUAUAUUGUUAAAUGCAAAAAGGAGAUAUGAUUCUGUAACUCCAAUCAGUUCAGAUGUGUAACUCAAAUUAUUAUGCCUUUCAGGAUGAUGGUAGAGCAAUAUUAAACAAGCUUCCACUUUU